CUUCAAAUUCUUUGGUGCUGGCGCCACCACAGUGGUUAGCUGAGACGAGUUGAAGAGCCGCUUCCUUGCAAGACGCAGAGUUGCUCAGAAGUAGCUGAGGAGGGAAGAAUGAGGCCGUCUCAGAGCUGUUUCUUGAAGGAAUGUGGCCUUUUCUCUUUUGAAUGGAACAAGAAGGAGUCCCUUUGUAAGUCCUGAAGUAGAAAGAAGCAAGGCGGCAAGAAAGACAACUUACUGUCGACAGCUUCACUUUGACGUCCUAGAAGGAUCGAGAUGGCCGAUAGAAGCAGGAGACAGAGGAGAGGUGAAGCUGACAAGCUCAGCGUCUUUGAGGAGUUAGUCAAUGCCAGAAAGGGUGCCAAGAAGCGCCUGGAGACCUUCUCGAUUGCAGAGGAGGCCCCCGUCUACGAUGUCGUCAAUUUGCAAGAAUACGCUGACAUCGUCGCGAAGAGGCGAGAGGCGGGGGGAGGGUUUGUAGAGGGAGAAGACACCCUAGGUUAUGACGAUGUUGGGGAGGACAACUGGGACGUUGGAGGGGAUGAUUACGAGGACCAGGCUGACGGUAGCAAGAAGAGGGCCAGGAAAGAGGCAGCAGCCCCGGGAGAAAAGAAGAAAGUUGUUCCGCCAAAGGCAAAGAGCGCUGUGGCGCUUGCGGCCGCGGCGAGAGGGGGGCGCAGCCUGCAGAGCAUGUGGGCGAAAGGGGGCAUGCCGCGGGGGGCUGCGAAGCUUAAGACUCCAAAGGAUGCAGAGCAGGCAGCCAGCGUUCUGGACGACAUUCUGGCGGGGAUCACUCCGGACGCUUCGGACCGGCAGCGCGUCCUUAGCGACCGUCCGACUUUCGGCGCUUCCGUCCAGACCAGCAGCCCCGUCCGGCUAGCUCCCGUCACGCCUUUCUCCUCUUUCCCAUCCGCAAGAGAACAGGUCACUCCAGCGACAAUUCCAGCAUUUAGGCACGCAAGUGUUGCAAAAGGUACAGACGGGAUGCGGAAACCCGAGGUUAAGCAGGAAGAAGACGAGUUUGAGUUCCCAGCCCCGGAUGACCCGAUGCCGGAUGCCCCCUUGGAGCCCGAGCUCAGCUUCGGGGCGAAUCUGGCAAAGGAAGAGGACGGUCCUGAAAUUGGGACAAAGGCGGAGAACGUAGAAGCUGAAGCGGAGGAGAAUGCGCAAGCAGCCAGAGUAAAUGGCGCUGCGGCGCAGGUCAAAGAGGAGCCUGUAGGGGAAAGUGAGGAGGGGCGUGUGAAGGAGGAGAGGCCCAACCCAAAGCGGCAGAAGGUGCCACUCCAGGAAACGGCGUCUGCUGGAUGGCAGGAAGUCUCUAAACGCGCCGCUGUGCCUGACGCCCCUUCACCCAGUGCGAGUCCAGAGCCCCAGCGACCGUUGGAAGACCAGGCACUCCCUCUGACAGAGAACGGCUGCCUGCCCUUCUUCUUCCUGGAUGCAUACGAGGAGCCCAACAAGGGGCCCAACAAAGCUGACGUGUACCUUUUUGGCAAGGUCCCCAUCGACAACGAGUACGUCAGCUGCUGCGUGCGCGUCCACAACCUGGAGCGCAGCGUCAUCGCCGUCCCGCUCCCCGACACGUUCUCCGACCCGGACAUUCCGCUCCUCGAACAAGAUUCCGCUCCCGGAAAACGGAACGACCCGCUCGUGAAACGGCUCCACGUCCUGAGCACGGACAUGAAAACCGAGCUGCGCGACGUGCUCAGAACCCGGGGUGUCGACAGCACGGAGGCCUUCUUCCUUCCCGUAAAGCGCUCCUACGCGUUCGAGCGGGCGGACGUGCCCAAGGGUGAGGGGUACUUUCUGGAGGUGAAUUACCCGUUCCGGCACCCCCCCCUGGAGGCGAAUCUUGCGGGGAAGCACUUUGCGGCGCUGCUCGGGACGCAGACGAGCGCGCUGGAGCUGCUGCUGUUGCAGCGGGAGUUGAUGGGGCCGAGUUGGCUGCUAAUCGCCAACCCGCAGAGAGUGACCAACGGGCAGGUGAGCUGGUGCAAGCUGGAAGUCUCCAUCGACAAGCCCGAAAACGUCAGCAUUGAGAAGUUCCCCAUCGGCGUGCGAGAGCGCGACACGCCGCCCCUAGUUGUCGCGUCGCUCAACCUCAAGACGGUGAUCAACCACCAGCAGAACGUGAACGAGAUUGCUGCGGCAUCGAUCGUCUACAACAAAGCGGUCAAGAUCGACGGACCGACCCCAAAGGCGGAGUGGAACACCCCGGCCGCGCUGGGCCACUUCACCGUGGUCCAAAAGCUCGGGAGCUUCCCGGUUGGGUUCACGAACGACGCGGACAAGAUCAACACCGAGGCGGGGCACCGGGUCUUGUUCCACGAGACCAAUGAACGUGCGCUGCUCCACUGCUUGCUGGCCAACCUCAAGAACCUCGACGCCGACGUUCUUGUGGGUCACAACAUCUCGGGUUUCGAUCUGGACGUCCUCUUGCACAGGCUCGAGGCUCUGAAGGUCAACUGCAAUAGCUGGUCAUCCCUCGGUCGCCUCAGACGCAAGACGAUGCCCAAGCUCGGGGGCGGCGGCGACCGGUUCGGCGGCGGCGCAGGCCCCGGGAUCAUGGCAGUCAUGGCGGGGCGGCUGCUGUGCGACACGUAUCUGUCCGCCCGGGAGCUGCUCAAGGAGGUCAGCUACUCACUGACCCAGCUCGCGUCCAGCCAGCUGGGCGAGGUGCGCGAGGACCUGGACCCGGCCGGUAUCCCCGGUAUGUACCGCAGCAGCGGCGAGCUGCAGCGGCUGGUGCGCCUGGCGGAGACGGACGCGUGGCUCGCGCUGGGCCUCAUGUUCCACCUCAGCGUGCUCCCGCUGACGCGACAGCUGACGUGUCUCUCCGGGAACCUGUGGGGCAAGACGCUGCAGGGCGCGCGCGCACAGCGCAUUGAGUACCUGCUGCUGCACGAGUUUCACGGGCGGGGUUUCAUCUUGCCGGACAAGCUGACGGCGAAAGAGCGCGAGACGGAGCUACGGAGGGCCAAACACAAGGGCCGGGGCGAAGAGGAAGGGGAUGACGAGGGAGAGGGAGAAGCGGCGACAGGCAAAAAGAAGAAGGGCCCUUCUUACUUGGGCGGUCUGGUGCUGGAGCCGAAGAAGGGGCUCUACGACAAGUUCAUCCUUCUGCUGGACUUCAACUCGCUUUACCCGUCCAUCAUCCAAGAAUACAACAUAUGCUUCACUACGGUGGAAAGAGACGCAGCCGAAGGGAUCCCCAGCCUGCCGAAAGCGGACGCGCCAGGGGUGUUGCCACAGGUGUUGAAAGCGCUGGUGGAGCGGCGGCGGCAGGUGAAGAACAUGCUGAAAAGCGAGCACAACCCGGUGAAACGUCAGCAGCACGACAUCCGUCAGCAGGCGCUCAAGCUCACCGCCAACAGCAUGUACGGCUGCCUCGGCUUCAGCAACUCGCGCUUCUACGCCAAGCCCAUCGCGGAGCUGGUGACGUCACAGGGGCGCGAGAUUUUGCAGAGCACCGUCGAUCUAGUUUCCAACCUGAACCUGGAGGUCAUCUACGGCGACACGGACUCCAUCAUGAUCAACACCGGGAGUGACGACAUCGCUGACGUCAGGGCCAAGGGCGCCGCCGUCAAGAAAGAGGUGAACAAACGGUACCGUCUGCUGGAGAUCGAGAUGGACGGCAUCUUCAAGCGCAUGCUGCUGCUCAAGAAGAAGAAAUACGCCGCGCUCAAGAUCGAGCCAGCCGGAGAUGGCUCCCUGCGGGAGAUUUUGGAGAUGAAGGGGCUGGACAUCGUGCGGCGUGACUGGAGCGUUCUGUCGAAAGACAUCGGCAACUAUUGCCUCGAGCAGAUCCUGCGGGGGGACCUCUCCAAGGAAGACGUCGUCGAGGCGAUCCACUCAGAGCUCCGCAAGCUGCGUGAGGACAUGGACGCGGGGCUGGUGCCGCUGGAGAAGUUCGUCAUCACCAAGACGCUGACCAAGCCCCCGGAGGACUACCCCGACGCCAAAAGCCAGCCGCACGUGCAGGUCGCUUUGCGGUUGCGCCAAGCCGGCAAGCGCGAGUCGUCACAAGUCGGUGCGACCGUUCCGUACAUAAUCUGCCGCGAGAAGGAUUCGCCACCUCAGGCCGGUGCCGUGGCAGAGCGGGCGCGGCACAUCGACGAGAUUACGCCCGACGGCGCCUGGCAGCCAGACAUCGACUACUACCUUUCGCAGCAGGUUCAUCCGGUGGUGUCUCGGCUGUGCGCACCCAUCGAAGGCACCGACGCCGCGCGCAUCGCUGACUGCCUGGGCAUCGACGCCGCCAAGUACCACCAGCAAGUCGCCACUCCCGCGUCCGCGCGCGAGGACGCGCUGCUCGCGAGCGGUUCCACGCUUGACGACGACGACCGCUACAAGAACUGCCUCCCCCUGCGCCUCACCUGCCCCGGCUGCCAGGCCGCCUUCCCUUUCGGGGGGGUCGCCUCCCUGCUAAACCCGCCCCCCCAGACCGCGCCCGCGAGCCCGCUUACGGUGAAAACCGAGCCGGGUUCUCCGGCGUCGGUUCUGAGGCCUCAGGGGAAUGGGGCCCCUGCGAGCCCAUCUAGUCCGUCGAUGGGCAGCGGGGAGAAAGCUCAGCCGUUGGAUGUGCUGGCGUGCCCAGAGUGCGGGAACCGGAGCGUGACGCCGGCUGUGUUGGCGAACCAGGUCAAGCUCCGCGCCGAGGAGCAGAUCGGGCGCUACUACGAGGGCUGGCUACGCUGCGAUGACGACAUGUGUGACGUCAGGACGCGCAACGUGUGCGGACGAGUGCUGUCGGACGCGGAGCGAGGCAGCGUGUGUCCGAACUACCCGCGGUGCAACGGGAAGCUCACUCGGGAGUACACGGAGGCGGACCUGUACAAGCAGCUGUCGCACUUCCAUCGGCUGCUGGACGUCCAAAAGGCGCUGCUCAAGAUCCCGGACGCGUCCGCGCGCGCGUUGGCGGAGAACCGGACGGCUCUGCUGCGAUUAUCUUUGGACCGCGCGUUGGGUAGCAUAAGCAGGAUCAUGGACAGGUCCGCAUACAAGUGGGUCAAUAUGGGGGAGCUCUUCUCUGCAUUGAAAGUAUGACGAGCUUAUAAAGCAUACGGCCGCUUCCGUAGCGAGCUGCAGGGUUCGUGCAGAGGACGUCCAAUCGGUCCUUCAGGGCAUCCACCCGGACGUGUCGUUUUUGCAUCACCCGUAUGAGAUACGCGCGCCUCAUCCUUUACAAGUAUCUGGGUUGACUUAACAGCCGAUGACCGGACGUUUAUCGAGCUCGUGCAGUUGCUCUCCGAAUUCAAAACGUGUGUCCCAGAUCUUAGUAUGCUGUGGUCGUGACGUGGGGUGGACGUUGCCUUCGGAACUCACUGACUCGUAAUUCCUG